AUGGGCAGCUUGAACAACUUGAGCAACUUGAACGACUGCGCACGACAAAAUUCCUCCUCCUCUAACUUAUCACCUUCGACAACAUCCUCAACUUCACAAUCGCGAGUAAGUCAACAGCAACAACUUACAGGACAAAAUACUCAACAAUCAACGUCAACUACUGUUUCGCCAUCCAUCCGUAACAAUUACGAUCCAUUUUCACAAGGUCAAUCAAAACCACAAAAUCCAUUUUACGAACAGACAACAGAAUUGCUACAAGGCGUAGCUGAUACUUAUGUAAUAAGCGACACGUCCCCGCUGAACGUGCGUCUUAUUCAUUCACCCAACUAUACCAACAACAAAAAUAACUUGGAGGCUUUUAAAUGA